CUAUCCAUCAACCAAUAACCAAACAUGGCCUAGUUGAUCCAACUUCUCACUCCCAGCUUUCCAUUCCCCACUUUUAACUCCUCCGGCGGCAACCACCGACUUCAUUCCCAUCUCCGCCGCCGGAAAAAUGCCGCACCACCUUACCCUCCUACUCCUCCUCACCCUCACGUCCUCGCCUCUAAUCCUCUGCCUCAACCAAGAGGGCCUUUUCCUCCAUCAAGCCAAGCUCAGCUUCAACGAUCCCAACUCCGUCCUCGCCAACUGGAACCCUAGCGACGCAUCUCCCUGCAAAUGGAGCGGCGUCGUCUGCGAUCCCGCCACCGACUCUGUCGUCUCGCUCGACCUCUCCAGUUCCAAUCUCUCCGGCCCCUUCCCUUCCAUUCUCUGCCGCCUCAAAAACCUGCUUUCCAUUUCAUUCUACGAUAACUUCAUCAACUCCACUCUUCGCCGCGACGACGUCGUUUUGUGCCAGUCCUUGGAGCACCUUGAUCUGGCGCAGAACUAUCUCACCGGCGAGCUCCCGCGCACCUUAGCUGAUCUCCCCAAUUUGAAGUAUCUCGAUUUGACCGGGAAUAACUUUUCCGGCGUGAUUCCGGAAAGUUUCGGAACGUUCCAGAAGCUCGAGGUGCUCGCAUUAGUGGAGAAUUUGCUGGAUGGAACAAUACCGGCGUUUCUCGGGAAUGUGUCUUCACUGAAGCAGCUAAAUCUAUCAUACAACCCGUUUUCCCCGGGUCGGAUCCCGCCGGAGCUCGGCAACCUCACUAAUCUGGAGGUGCUGUGGCUGACUGAGACGAAUUUGAUCGGUGAGAUACCUGACACACUGAGUCGACUCGGCAGGCUCACCGAUCUGGACCUGGCGUAUAACUCGUUGAGCGGCGCGAUCCCGAGUUCGCUCACUGAAUUGAAGAGCUUAGUUCAGCUGGAGCUCUACAACAACUCAUUGACAGGGGAGCUGCCCAGCUCCGGCUGGUCAAACAUGACGUCGCUGAGGCGGAUUGACGCGUCGAUGAACGAAUUGAGCGGCUACAUUCCUGCCGAGCUCUGCGAUUUGCCGAUCGAGUCACUCAAUCUGUACGAGAACAACCUGCGAGGUCAAUUGCCGGACGCCAUUGCUAAUUCCCCCAAUUUGUACGAGCUCAGGCUGUUCCAGAAUCACUUAUCUGGACGGUUACCGCCGAAUCUCGGUAAACGCUCGCCGUUGAAGUGGAUUGAUGUCUCGACCAAUAAGUUUUCCGGUCCAUUGCCGGAGAAUUUGUGUCUCCACGGGGCUCUCGAGGAGCUGCUGUUAAUCGAAAACUCAAUUUCCGGCGAAAUACCGGCGAGCCUCGGGGAAUGCCGUAGCUUAGUGCGGUUGCGGUUAGGGCACAACAGCUUUUCCGGUGAGGUGCCGGAGCGCUUGUGGGGGCUUCCACACGUUUCACUACUUGAGCUUGCUGAAAACUCGUUUUCCGGCGGUAUUUCUAAAACUAUCGCCGCCGCAUCCAAUUUAUCUCUGCUGAUUUUGUCAGGGAACUACUUUUCCGGUAGUUUGCCCGCCGAGAUCGGGGUUUUGGAUGGCUUGCUGGAGAUUUCGAUCAACGAUAACAAGCUAUCUGGUUCUUUGCCAAGUAGUAUAGUGAAUCUUGGGCAAUUAGUGAAGCUUGAUCUUCACAACAAUGGGUUAUCUGGUGAAAUUCCAAAGGUGAUUCGUUCUCUGAAGAGGUUAAAUGAGCUCAAUUUGGCAAAUAAUGGAUUUUCUGGGGAUAUUCCUGAUGAAAUUGGGGAUUUAUCUGUUCUUAAUUAUCUCGAUUUAUCUGGAAAUGAGUUAUCUGGCAAAAUCCCUCUUGGAUUGCAGAACCUGAAGCUUAAUCGCCUCGAUUUGUCGAAUAAUCGCCUCUCCGGCAAUAUUCCAGCCAUGUAUGCCAAGGAAAUGUACAAAGACAGCUUCUUGGGGAAUCCUGGAUUAUGUGGAGAUACUGAUGGUUUAUGCAAUGGAAAAGGUGGAUUCAAGGAAAUGAGUUACAUAUGGCUGUUGAGAUCAAUCUUCAUAGUUGCUGGAUUAGUGCUGAUUGUUGGUUCGGUGUGGUUCUACUUCAAGCACAGGAACUUAAGCACGACAAAGAGGUCCAUGGAUAGAUCAAAAUGGACAUUAAUGUCGUUUCACAAACUGAGGUUCAGUGAGAAUGAGAUAUUGGAUGCUCUGGAUGAGGACAACGUGAUUGGAACCGGGGCGUCCGGCAAGGUAUACAAGGUGGUCUUGAGCACCGGGGAGGCAGUUGCCGUGAAGAAGCUCUGGGGGCGGUCUAAGUCAGCAGAGGACAGUGUAGAUCUGGAGAAGGGCAAUGUUGGUUUUGACGCUGAGGUUGAGACUUUGGGGAAGAUCAGACACAAGAACAUCAUCAAGUUGUGGUGUUGCUGCAGCACCAAGGAUUGCAAGCUUUUGGUUUACGAGUACAUGCCUAAUGGUAGCCUUGGUGAUCUUCUUCACAGCACGAAAGGUGGCUUGUUGGAUUGGCCGAUUAGGUUUAAGAUCGCAUUGGAUGCAGCUGAUGGGCUGUCCUACUUGCACCAUGAUUGUGCUCCUGCGAUUGUUCAUAGGGAUAUCAAGUCGAAUAAUAUACUGCUGGAUUCGGAGUUUGGGGCUUUGGUCGCGGAUUUUGGCGUGGCGAAGAUGGUUGAUGCCAAUGCCAAGGGGACUCAUUCCAUGUCUGGCAUUGCAGGGUCUUGUGGCUACAUUGCUCCAGAAUAUGGUUACACGCUUCAUGUGAACGAGAAGAGUGACAUAUACAGCUUUGGGGUUGUGAUUCUGGAGCUGGUGACCGGGAAGCAUCCCAUCGAUCCGGAGUUUGGGGAGAAGGACUUAGUGAAAUGGGUUUGCACCACGGUGGAUCAGAAGGACGUGGAGCAUGUGAUCGAUCCCAGGCUCGACCCGUGCUUCAAGGAGGAGAUAUGCAUGGUCCUGAACAUAGGGCUCCAGUGCACAUCCCCCCUCCCAGUCAACCGCCCAUCCAUGAGAAGCGUGGUCAAGAUGAUGCAAGCCGUUGCCAACAGCACCCAGCACAAGACCGUCGGGAAAGAUGGCAAGUUGUUGGUCGCCACCUGAGAGAGAUCACCACAGCCCCAAUUUUUUACUGCAGCUAAGCAUGAGGGAUGGAAUGGUGUAAAAAUGUUAAGGUGAAAACAUAUUAGGUGAGGGAGAGUAGCAAAAAUGUAAAUGAAUUAACUUUUGUUACUCUGUUUGGAGAUAUUCUGCUUUUACACCUUAUCUUAUUUAUGCAGCUAA